AUGCUUCAUACUGAGUUUGAAGUAGAUGUAAAUUAUUUUCAUAGUAACAGCAUUCACAGUAAAAAAGACCAUGUGAAUAAAAUAAGUAAUACAAACUUAAUUCAACCUUGUUGUUCUGGUUCUUCACUACCACUACUUGCAGAAAUAAAAAUUAAAAAGACAGUCACACCUGUUACCUCAGAACAGAGAAAAUUAUUUCUCUUGGUAAAAUCUGCACGAGAGAAAUAA